CUCCCUGCAGGGGGCGACAAACCAUAUGACAACACACCCGAAGACAACACGAAGAAGACGGUGUUCGGACAUGUACGCAUGCGCAUUUAUCUUCUUGUUAGGUGAAAAUGAUUUGAAAUGUUGUCUACAGUCUGUCAAGUCUGCUUCGCCAAAGAACGGUAAAAAUGGAUGGUAGCGUGGAUGGUACUGAAGAAGAGCCAAAGAAGACGGGUCAUUCUCCAGAAAUGGAGCGUAAUCCAUCACCUCCUCCAGAUGAAGCCAAUGGAGAUGAGGCAGAAGAUACAGACGCCAUAGGAGACACAGUUUACAGCAAACACUGGCUUUUCAGCACUCUGACUCGCCUCAUCCAGAUGGUCACACGGCUUUCAGCGGAGGAAUCAGAAGGUCAAAUGCAGCUCAGUGAUGAUGAUGAAGAAGAUCUAUGUCGUGUUUGGGAUAUGGCCAUGGAUAGGGAUGUUGCUGGUUUACUACAAGAAUUUAAAGCACCAGACAUCCUUCUUGGUGUGAUAGCCAAAUCUGGUUGUCCACGUCUCACAGAAAUUUGCGUUGGAAUACUUGGGAACAUUGCUUGUUUUCCUGACACCUGCCUGACUCUGAGCCAGAAUGAAGACUUGUGCGCUGUGCUGUUGCUUCUGUUCGGAGAUAACGAUCCACCAACCCUUCUGGAGACAAGCAGGUUGAUUCUGACCUGUGUGUCUCAAAAAGAUGUCAGUGCCCUUUGGCUUCAGCGAAUACGACAGCAGAAGCCUCUUCGUUCCAAUCUCCUUUUCAUCAUGUGCAGUUCAACCAAUACGGACCUGCUUGAGAAAGUGGGAGAGCUUGUUGACAAGCUGUUUGACCUUGAUGAGGAACUGAUGAAAAGUUGGAUCGCAGCUGAGCCAAGCGAGGAGAGUGAUGAUGGUGACAGCUGUCUGGACUUAGCCUCAUGCCUUUUUGAAGCUGCCAAGCAGCUUAGGUCAGAGAAUCCAAAUGGCUUGGAGGUUUAUCUUCACAUUCUGCACCUCUUAACCACAGUAAAUGAGGGCAUUCAGAUGUUUGCUUCAAGUGAUGGAGCAGGAAAAACAAUAUGGAAUUUUGUAUUUGAGGUUAUAUCCGAAGACUUGUGUCAGCUCAAUGAUCUUGCAGUUGUUCUGCAUGAAAGGAAAGGCACUUUGCUGCAGGCCUUUUCUGUUUUACAAGCUCUCUACAGAUGCCAGGAGCAGUGGAGAAGCAAAGAUGAUUCAAAUGUACCUCUUUUUGGCACCAUUUUGCGGGUGAUUCAGUGCCUCCAGAGUGACUACACAGAUGAGUCUUCUCGUAAGGAAGGUGCACAAGAUGAGCAGCUUCAGACUUUGGAAGAGAUCACAACUGAAUUUCUCUCUGACAUAUGCUCUCGGACUACAAAGGACACAGUAGCAGCUUGGGUAAAGGAAGGUUACCUGACAGAGAAGAGUUGUCUAACAGCCUUUGGCUGUUUACUUCCCAACUGCAAGACUUCAUUUGAACACCUGCUGCUAAUGUUGUCCGAAACCGAUCCAGAAUUGGCUGACAAGGUGAAGAAAUCAUUUCCUGUGUGAUGGCCGCCGGAGGUCAGUGCUCUACUCUCCCUCGAAGGGUCGCACCUUUUUGUUUUUUAUGGUAAUAACAUCAUUCAGAAUGCCAUUGUCGGCAAACAGACAAUGUUGUUUUUAGUUUUUCUUUCUAGUUUUCCUGGUUGUUGAAGGUUAUUUUUGUAUUUUUUAAUUAAAGAUGAUGUUUUUUUCA